AUGGCUGAAGUUGCUACAAAGGAUACAAAACCUGUUGAAGAUAAACCUAAACCCUGUUGUGUUUGUAAACCGGAGAAAGAAGUCAGGGACCAAUGUUUACUUUUUAAUGGCACUGAAGGUAAAGGUUCUGAAAAAUGUAAAGAAUUUAUUGAAAAGUACAAACAAUGUAUGAAGGGUUACGGGUUUGAAAUAUGA